AAAAAAAAAAAAAAAAAACCGAAAGAAAUUUUAGAGUUUCUCAUGGCCAAAUUGAAUUCCUUGAUGAAAUUUCAGGCUUAUUAUUGGUCUCUUGUACUGGUAAUUAUUUUAUUGCCAUCAUCAUGUUAUACAGACAGAAGCCAUCAUCAGUCUCAAGGAAGCCAGAAGCUGUUUUGUUCUCCUUUAGCAGACUCAGCUUGCAGUCCUGCCUCCACUGCGGAUAGCUUAAGAAAACUCGAAUCACUGAGAGAUAUUUUGAUCGGACUUGAAGACACUAUUAUAUUCUGUCUGAUAGAGAGGUCAAAAUACGCCUAUAAUCAGUACUUGUACGCUUCUUCUCACAAUGGCCUCCAAUCCUUCAUUCAAAGUUCCGAAUCUGUUCAGGCGACGUUUGGUCGUUAUACGCUUGAAGAAGAGACUCCCUUCUCCGGAUCUAAUUUUGUAAUUCCGACUCCUCCUAACUGUACUAAGGUUUUGCACAGGCCAGCGUCUUGCUUCGACAAAAGCAAGGAAAUAUUGACGGCUUACCUCGAUUUACUUCCUAAUAUUACUAUUAACGGUGAUGAUGGGCACUAUGCACCUACUCUUGCGACCGAUCUAAUUUGUUUGCAGGCUAUCUCCAAAAGGAUUACUUUGGGAAAAUUUGUAGCGGAGGCUAAAUACAAUAAAGAUCCUAAAGCAUAUAAUGCUACCAUAAGUGAAAAGAACAACGAAGACGAUUUAAUGAAGAUGCUGACUGACACGAAGGUUGAAAAAGAAGUCAUUCAAAGAGUGGCGAAUAAAGCAGAGAUAUUCGGACAAAACAUUGAUCCAUUCAAUGCAAGUGUCGUCAAACAACCGAAGAUUGAUCCAUCUGUAAUUUCUCGAUUUUAUGAAAAUUUCAUGAUCCCUUUGACAAAGCAAGUCGAAGUCACUUACCUUCAGCAUCGUCUGGAUUAAGAGAUGGCUACAUCUAAUUUCAAAGUGCUGGUUGAGUUUUGUGUUGUCUUACCCCGUGAUUCAAGAUACAUUGGAAUAAGUUGUAGCAGUCAUUUUAGUGCUUUUUUCUUAUCUUCUUUUUAACAACAGAACACAAACAUUUUGAUUGUGUUGUGUUGUUAGAGAGCUUAUAUACAAGCAUUGCUAUUCUCUCUCAUGAGAAAGCCCGAAGAAGAUGAAGAACUUGACGAACAAAGUAGUACUAUUAGUAUCGGGUCCAACAAUGAUGCCAAACACCUAGGAUGACUUCUACUAAUCCCCUAAUCCAUUCCUAAAGGUGAGUGAAAUAUGAAAACUAUAUAAUUCUUAAGUUAGACAAUAUACUGGUUAGACAGUCG